AUGUGGCAGACACUUGUUAAAAACAUACCCACCAAAAGGGAAUCUCUUUUCUCGCCCCUAAGCAUUCAAGUAGUUCUCGCUUUGGUAUAUUUCGGAGCAAAGGGCAACACAGCAAAGGAGUUAGAGAGAGGUUUGCACCUGCCCAGCGACAAGAUGGUCACAGACAAUGGAAUUAAUGCCCUUGUGCAUCGGCUAAAUGAAUCUGAAAAUGUAUUACUUGACAUCGCCAACAAAAUAUAUCUUCUGCAUGGUUUCGAAAUCAAGAAGGAAUUCCGACAAACGGCUGAUGGGUUCCUUGCUGGAGUCGAGCAGCUAAACUUUGGUGAUUCAGAACAGUCCAGGAAAACAAUUAAUGACUGGAUUGAAGAUAAAACUCAUGGAAGGAUUAAAGAUAUAAUUGGAAAAGAUACUUUGGAUACUUACACACUCAUGGUGAUUGUCAACGCGAUUUACUUUAAGGGUGAAUGGCAUAGGGUAUUUUCCGAGGACACAACAAAGCCUGCACCUUUCCAUUUACCGUCCGGAACGACAGAAGAUGUUGACAUGAUGUUCAUCGAGGACUAUUUCUCGUAUGCUGAUGUAAAUGAACUAAAUUCGCAGGCGCUUAUGCUUCCUUACAAGGGUUGCCGGCAGAAUAUGAUCAUAUUGCUGCCAAAGAAAGUGGACGGUUUGCAAUACCUCGAGAGAAAUCUUGACAGAUUUGAUCCAAUGGAAGUUGUGAAGAGAAUGACCAGUAUAUUAACAGGGAUGAAGAAUGCAAAGUUUAUUCCUGAUGUUUCAGUUCUCGUAGGAGGUGGUCUCGGUGGUUUCCCACCCAUCGUCUUCAAGGCUGACCACCCCUACACGUUCUUCAUAGUGGAUGACUUCACCAAGACGGUCCUUUUCGCCGGACGACUAGCAUCACCUUCUAUGUAA